AGUGGGCAGAACAACCCGGCUGUGUUUCUUGCCUUGGAAUCUUGUCUCCAUGGCAGUGAUCAGCCAGUGGCAUUGACAGGAAAAAUAGGCAUUAUCAUCUGUCCUGGACUGAGCCUGGGCAAUCUUUCAAGCUGGGAACGGCAGCAGCCAGUUCAAAGCAGUGGGAGGAGCAGCUCCCCAGUCAGUGUGCAGGAAAAUGGACAUAACGAUGGCUGUUCUGUUGGCAUUGGUUCUGGGACUUCUUAUGGUCAAGUUUGCUUUGUUUCAGCCAAGAAACCCAAAUUCCCCACCUUGUGUUAGUGGCUGGAUCCCUUGGUUGGGAGCUGCAUUUCAGUUUGGGAAAGCUCCCCUGGAGUUUAUAGAACAAGCCAGAGUCAAGUAUGGGCCAAUAUUCACAGUGUUUGCGCUGGGAAACCGAUUCACCUUUGUGACUGAGGAAGAGGGGAUUGACGCAUUUUUUACAUCUAAGGACAUAGAUUUUGAGCAGGCGGUGCAGCAAACGGUCCAGCGCACAACUUCAGUUCCUGCAGAAAUCUUUUAUCUGAACCAUAGCAGACUCUAUAGCAUGAUGAAAGGAAAAAUGGGUACCUCUCGCCUGUACCUUUUUGCUGGGACUCUGUGUCAAGAAUUACAUGAGCACAUGGACUACUUGGGCACAGUAGGAACUGAGAAUCUCAGUGAUCUAAUAAGAUCUGUCAUGUAUCCAGCAACCAUAAAUAUCUUAUUUGGAAAAGGUGUCUGUCCAACAAACAAGAGUGACAUCAAGGAGUUUGAAGAGCAUUUUCAGAAGUAUGAUGAGGAUUUUGAAUAUGGGUCCCAGAUGCCUGAGUAUUUUAUGAGAAACUGGUCUAAAUCCAAAAAAUGGCUUCUAAAAGUGUUAGAAAAAGUGGUAGCAGACGCUGAGAGAGCCAAUCCGUCAGAGAGCAAUUCCAAGACACUGCUGCAGCAUCUCUUGGAUAACUUGCAUGGAAAACAUUUAGCUCCCAAUUAUGCUCUCUUGUUGCUCUGGGCCUCACAAGCAAAUGCUAUGCCUGUGGCAUUUUGGACCCUGGCAUUUAUCCUAUCCCACCGUUCUAUUUACAAGAACAUCAUGGAGGACCUCAUUUCUGUUUUUGGCAAAGCAGGUAAAGAGAAUAUUGAAAUAUCUGAAGAUGACCUUAAGAAGCUUCUCUUAAUUAAAUGGUGCACUUUGGAAGCCAUACGGCUAAGGUCUCCAGGUGCAAUCACUAAAAAAGUGGUGACUCCAAUAAAAAUUCAGACUUUCACCAUCCCUGCAGGUGACAUGCUGAUGUUGUCUCCAUAUUGGGUGCACAGGAAUCCAAAAUACUUUCCGGACCCUGAAACAUUCAAACCUGAUCGUUGGAAAGAGGCAAAUUUAGAGAAGAAUGCUUUCUUGGACGGCUUUGUGGCAUUUGGAGGAGGGAAGCAUCAGUGUCCAGGAAGGUGGCUUGCUAUAAUGGAGGUUCACAUGCUAGUCAUUUUGUUCCUUUACAAAUAUGAAUUUAUUCUUUUGGACCCAGUACCAAAGGAGAGCCUUCUCCAUUUAGUGGGGACACAGCAGCCCAUGGGAGCAUGCCGGGUUCAGUAUAAACUCCGGCAAUGAAAGCUGACUUGACUAACUCUGGUUCCUUUGCCAGCCGCUGUCUGUGAGGGACCAUUACUCUGUUUCACUUUAGCAUGUCCUAUGUGCCCCAAUGUAGUCAGUGUCAUAAGCAGUUUUUUAAAUAGUUUCAAAUGCUGUAUGUACUUUGUGUAGUUUUUGUAUCAUGCCCAUCACUGUGAUAUUUAAGCACCUGGGCCUGAUUGCUUAGGACACAGUAUUUAAAAUGCAGCUUUCCUUUAUGCAUAUGCAAUUUGUGGGUGUAAUCAUUGGCAGUGUGUAAAAAGAAAAGGAGUACUUGUGGCACCUUAGAGACUAACAAAUGUAUUUGAGCAUAAGCUUUCAUGAGCUACAGCUCACUUCAUCGCUUUCUAACUCACUGACUGCACCCACAAGUCAGGCGUUUAGGGGCCAGAUUCAUUAUGCUCACUGUUACUUUGGGGCACAGAGUGGGAGGCUGUGCUGCGAGCUCUUUGAAAAUCAGGACUUCUUGGCCCAAUUCACAGCUGUGCUGCAUGUUCACUUGGACCAGUGCAAAGUGGCUGGUAAGUGUUAGCAGGUCAGAACAGUAAUGCCUGCACUGGUAUAAAUGAAUGCACAAAGUUCAGGACAAUAGUGAUUGGGCCCUCUGGAUCAGAUCCUCAGCUGGUGUAAAUCAGCAUAACUCCUCUGUCUUUGCUGGAACAAUUUACACCAGAGGAGGAUCUGACCUGUGUCUAAACUAUGGCUAAAUGAUUGUAAAUGAAAUAUAUGAAAAGUGAAAGUGAUCCUGUACCCUGGGUGCAGCCAAAACUCCCACUGACUUUUGUUGAGCUUUGGUUGCUCCAGGGAUUCAGAAUUGCCCCCUACCUUAUAGUAUAAUGAAAGCCUUGCCAUAGUGUUUGUUUUCCAUUUUAUACUUUGCAAGAAUUUGCAAGAAAACUUUGUCUAAAGUCUAGAAGACUUUUGCUUUCUUUUAAUGAUUUACAGCAUGUGAAAUGCCAACCUUUUUUGGCAGUUGCACAAAUCUGAAAAUAUCUAACCCUAAAAAGAAAAUCUGGAAAAAAAACGCUGUUAGAGGAAGCGGUUCAACAAAUUAAAGUCUUUUAGAAUAUACAAAAUUUUAACUGCUGUCAGAUUUGAUACAUUAAAAUAACCUUGUUUGUAUAUCUUUAGUUUUAAGUAAAGACUACUGAUCACUUUUACAAAUAUUUGCCUCCAAAAAGGACAUUUUAAAAUGGUAAGAACUACAGAAUUAAGUUCCAUAGGAAAAAAAAAUAUAACUAUAGUAUGAUGCACUAAAUUGGUGACCAGACCCUAUCUCGCUUGGUUUAUGGAUCUGACAGUAUUGCAAGCUAGCCACCUGGUUGGCUAGUGAUUUUGGUAAUGGUAUAUUAAAGCAGUCUCUAGUUGUGCUCAUUAUAGUUACAGCUGCAAGACAGUUUCCAUUCUCACCUCCUGUUUUUUGUUGCUUAAGUGGUUCUGAACACUCACCUUUAGAGCUGAUAUUUUCAUGUGUGGUCACUGCAUAAAAGUAAGUGUCUAUAUAUUUUUAAUUUUUGAAAGUUUGAGCAAAAUCUGUUCUGGUAUUUUGCAGUCGUGAGCAUGGAAAAACUUCUUUCCCAUUCCUUUAAAAUAAACACUCUCAUGUUUUUUCUUUCCCCAAAGGGGCAACAUCACACGUGACACAUCAGUAAUCCCCAAUGAGCAGUAAUGACUCUGUGCUAUAAACAUUUUUUUUCCAGCAGCGUUGUGUUACCAGAUUUGCCUGUUACUUUGGGGUACACUCAUUUAUUAGGGUUACUUUUCUGGGGGGGAGGGGAUUUCUGUAAUUCUGUCAAUGUACAGUUUGUGUCACUUGUGUUUUCAUAUGGAGCUCUACUUCUCCCUUCUGCAAGUUUCCUCCCAGUGGAGCUAUCCUGCAGGACCUAGGUUCCCCAGGGCUGGGUUUCUCCAGCCCCAGAAUCAGAUGAACAAACUUACACAGAUUAACGGAGCAUGUAUGAGUGGACCGGGUCAGUCAGCACUCCCAAAUUGACCCGAUAUGCCCCUGGACCCAGCAGGCUGGGUCAAGCAGCACUUUCAAGCUGCCACCCUCCUAUGCCACAGGUUCAGCACGUCCCUAUUCUCACUUUGACUUUACAAUUGUUCUGAUAGAACCCACUUGAUGAGCAAACCCCACAGGAUUUUUGGCCGCUACAGGGAUCUUUAGCUUAGGUAAGAGGAGCGUUGCUGCAGAGCAAAUAGGGAAGCCAAAACCACAAAACAGAGAGGGAGGGAAGCAACCAGCUUAACCAUAAAAGUUAUUUAUUGCCAGGUAAUAACCAUACACGGAGAGCCAAGCAAACAAAACAGUUACAGUAUUAAAUCUAGCUUAAAUUUGAUUACAAAAGUCAGGUUUAGAAAACUAUAUCUAGAGUAGAAGGGAAAAAAAAAGCAGGAGAGAGAGAGAGUUGGGUUCUCACCUCUCCUUGAAGCUUGAACCAAUCAGGAUUCCCAGGUGAUGGUAAUAGCUGAGACCCCAGCAUGAUCAGUCAGGAGAAGAUGAGGUCCCAAUGGAACUGAUGCAGAUUUUGGAUCCAGGCAUCAGAACACGUACUUGAGCGUGGGUAGGGGUUUUUGUAGGGAAACAACAAUGGUUCAAGGGAGAACACAAGAUUUGUUUAUGGGUAAAUUGAUGGCUCAAGGGAGUAUACCAAAGUUGUUUUGUUCUAGCUAGACAAUAGGAACUGAUCAUUACUGGCUAUGGGUGGUGUUCCUUCAAGAGAGCUCUCAAUGCAAUUAGUCAGUUUCAGUAUUUUGGAUACCAGUAAAGGAUUUAUUACUAGAAUUGGUCUGAUAACUACUGAGCUGGGUGUGUGCAGGCAUGGGUUCAUUAACAUCUGGAGCAGAGAUUCCCCAUCAUGCAGUGCUUCCCUGUUUUUCUGGUCCAAGAGUUCAGUGUGGUUCUUGCCUUGCCUGUUUUCCAUUCUGUAUGCUAAUGGAGAUGCCUCCUUGUCCCAUCUUCCAUGCAAAUGAGGUUAAGGGAGUUGCUUUAAUCCUGUCACCUUUGUCCGGAGGGGCUUAGGUGUGUCUCCCACUGCCUUUUCAUUGCUUUUUGUAAGUCAUUUUUCUGAUAGGUUUUGAGUCAAGCGGAGGCUGGGGGGGGCAGGUGUUCUUUCAUGAGUCAUACAGGCUGGAUACUGCACCCUGGUUCCUCAAGAACACAGAGCUGACAGGUAACAUAUGAACAUUUGAAAAUAUAGUGCACGUAAGUUCCGAUCUGCCUCGAGCUGGGAUACCUUCGGGUGUCAACUUCAAACCUGCAUAACACACUCCAGGAUUGGUUUGUUUUUUUUUUAAACUUCACUUGAUGUCUAAGCCUCUGAGAUCUACAAAUGCUUUUCUUCAAACCCUCUAAAAACAACCUCUGCGCUAAGAUCAGAUAUGAGAGGUUUUGUCCUAUGAAAGUUUCUAUUUGUUCUAGAAAGUUUGAGUGAUUGCAAAUAGGGGUUAAGUGUAAAAGUACUAGCUCAGCCUUAAUUGUACUAUCAGUAUUAUAACUAACCUGAAAGUUGCUAAAUAUUCUGAUUUAUAAAGCAGUGUGCAAUAGCAGUAUCACAUUAGUGGGAUCUUGUUAGGCACACUGUGCUAAUUUAAUCCGUCUUGGUUGUAUAAUUUAAGCCCUGAAGUUGCCAAGGGAACUGUGGGCACAUUCCUACAUCUGUAUGGAGUCCAACUGUCUGCAAUGGGGCGUAGGGUUAGAUUGUAAGCCUUCUGGGCAGAGACCAUAUCUGUGUUCGGUACAAGACGAGACACACUGUUUGCACUUAACAAGCAAUAUAAAUGGUUUUGAACUCUUUCCCUUCUCGUCAUUCUAACAAUAAAUGUCCUCUCCCUGUUGAUUUUUGGCCUUCCUUUUGCUUAAUAUUUUCUGUUGCCGUUUUUCUCAACGGCGCAGGCACCAAAGCUGUAGCACUUUUUACUUUAUUGCCUGUACCAGUCAUGUGGCACUUGAGAAGGACUGUACAGAGAGCUGGGACACAAGUUGCAUCUAAGCACUUGUGCUCAUUGUUUCUUUUUUAAUUUGAAAGUAACUUGCUAGGUCCUGAUCUCAGAAGGUGUUGAGCACCUACAACUUUCAGUGACUUCAACAGCAGUUGCAAGUUCUCAUCAUCCCUUGGAAUCAGGCCCUUCCUGAGGAUACAGAGCCUUUAUGGGUCCUUGAAAAGACUCUUAUUGACUUCAGUGGGCUUUGAGUCUGGCUCUUAGUUUAUUGCUGUAGCAGUAAAUACUGUGUGGCAUUUCAGGUAGCCUGAAUGCAAAUUCUACUCUGCUACUGUGACUAAUGGAGCAGUGCAUCUGUAAUGGACAACAGAAGUUGGGACUGUAUUUUGUUUAACACCACCAGGCUGGUGUGCUUGCAAACUUUUAAAAUUCAGUGAUAAGUAAGAAUAAAGUCAUCUCUAUUGCAUGUAUGUACAAGAGAACUAUUAAGAAAUACCCUGUGGGCCAAGCCCCACCAGAUGCCUUAGGAACUCUAGGUUCUGAUCCCUUCUAUCAUGACACAAGCUGGACCUGUCUCCUUACAAAGUGACCAAAGCACUCAGUCUGGCUUAGCAAGGAUUCUAGGAGGUUGGUGUUCAUUUGUUUAGAUGUAAGUAGCCUCCCUUUCUGACAGUGGGAAACCAGUGGUACAGGUUGUCUUCGUGGCAAGAAAUAAAAUACAGGAAACCAAACCUGAUUUGUCAUAGGGUGACUGGACCCUGCUGUCUCUGAUUUUAGAUGGGUGAUGGGAGACCCAUUGUGAAUGAGACAAUACUCAAUUUACUAAAUAGUACAGAUGACCAUUUCCUAAUUCAAAAAACAUUACAGCCAACACUGGGGAAUUCCAUAGUAGACCUUAUCUUGACAGAUGAAGAGGAACUGAUCACAGAACUAAAAAUUAAUGGUAAUAUAGUGUGAUGGUUCUUGGAGUAUGCAGGACUGAGAGUCACUUUGUUACCUCCCCCUCACCUCCAGUGAGAGGGGAGACUUGCUUGUCCCUAAGUUGGGGAUCAGCUCCCUGCCACCAGCAGCCUAUUAGCCACCCAAGCACUCUACUCGGAGGUAUGCUAGCUCUUCCUUUACUUUGCACGUUAACAAUUGGUGCAUCCCAGUCCCAGGGUCUCUUUGGAGCAUUCCCCUGUAGUGUCCAACCCUGUACAUGCACAGAAAUACCAGGUCUGCUGUCCCCAAGGGACCAGCAUACACAACAGCUUGUAUGAUUUAACUCAGAAUCAGCACCUUGCUUAAUAGCACAGCACUUAUAUGUGUUACAGUGAAAACAAGGAUAAGUUUAUUAUCAAAGAUGCAAGAUUCAAGUAAUAGUGAGAGAAGAGAAUGGAAACAAAAGAUUGCAACAUGAUAUCCCAUUGUCAUGAAUGUAAAUGCACUUCCUGUUUACUUCCUCGUUGUCGUCUUUGUUCUCCA